CCUAACUGGAUAUUUUAACACACCGAGCUGUGAAAAAGUUUGAUCCGUGCUACAAGUUUAUUUAUUAUUUCGACUAAGGAUUUUACAGUGUGACGUACGUAGGUGACUUCGUGACUAAGAAAGGAACAAUAUGACAUACGGAGCCUACCAAAUAACGAUCCGUCCAACUAAAUCAGACUUUCAGUAAUCUCUUAUUGAAGGAUUGAUUCAGAUUUUGUUAUGAAGGAAAUAGAUUUUGAGACAGCGAUUAAGGUAGUUAUUGUUGGUAAUGGAGCAGUCGGCAAGUCAAGCAUGAUCCAAAAGUACUGUAAGGGUAUUUUCACUACCGAGUACAAGAAAACCAUUGGCGUAGACUUCCUGGAAAGGCAGAUAGAAGUGGACAGCGAGGACGUAAGGAUGAUGUUAUGGGACACAGCCGGACAAGAAGAAUUUGAUGCCAUUACAAAAGCCUAUUAUAGAGGUGCUCAAGCAGGUGUGUUGGUGUUUUCAUCUCUAGAUCUCGACUCCUUUAAAGCCAUUGAGACUUGGAAACAGAAGGUUGAAAACGAGUGUGGAGUAAUACCUAUGGUUAUUGUUCAGAACAAAAUCGAUAUGAUUCACGAGUCUGUUAUCGCAAGCAAAGAAGUCGAAAAUUUGACCAGGAAACUGAGGGUUCCGAUUUACAGAACGUCUGUGAAAGAGAAUGUCAACGUGAAUGAGGUGUUUCACUAUCUUGCUAAGCAAUAUUUAAAACAAGUACAAGCAUUUGAAGAUGUACAUUUACAACAGUCAAGAUAUUUUGAACAGAAACCCACCGGAAGCAUGAUCAAACUUAGUGAUCUCCAAAUUCCUGGGUUAGCAAGUGACAGCACCCAUCUAUACUUUCAUCGUCCAAAGUGGAUCAGGCAAAGGAAGAAACUGAACAUAAGAAAAUGUCGCAUUCUGUGAAGUUAACAUACGAAAGCAUUACUGAGGCCAAUCAAGUGAUAAUUCCUGGUAUGUCAGUCAUUGCUACAAACAUCACAACGUUAAUAUCAUAAAAUAAGCUGCAAGGUUUUUUGUAGUAGGAGCCUCCUAAGAAUCAAGUCCCUUAUCAUCAAUUUUCCUGUAUAGCUUCCUCUAGCUUGAGUGUGCUAAACGACAGGAACAACUCUUUUGACUGUUUGUUAAUUAGCCACUCAUAUAACCAGGCUAAUUAUUUGGCAUGUAUAAACACUGUCACACCUUUUUUUUAACAUGAAAAUUUUCAAAUGCUGUUUUCUGUGGUAGAUCUUAAAAAAAAAAAAA